AUGGCCUCGGGGAGAACUGGUUCUCACCCCUCCAAGGUGAUGUUUGUAGCCCAGCCACCAGUCGAGGACUCUAGACCUGAGCCAAAGAGGGCUAGAGUGGAGAAUCGGCUAGUGAUGAGUUUCUCUGAGGAGGACAAGGUUGGAACCAUACAACCACAUGAUAAUGCCCUAGUGGUAACCCUCAGGAUAAGAGGAUAUGAUGUUAAGAGGGUGAUGGUGGAUCAAGGCCGUGGGGCAGAGAUUAUGCACUAUGAUUUAUACAACGGACUGGGCUUGAAACUUGAGGACUUAACAGCUUAUGAUUUGCCUUUGGUAAGUUUCGACUGCAAAGUUGUUAUUCCAAGGGGCCAGAUUCGACUACCCAUGCAAGUAGGGUCAGAGGUGGUAGAGAUGAAUUUCAUUGUAGUGGAUAUUUAUUCUCCCUACACGAUUAUUGUAGCAAGAUCUUGGCGUUAUGCCUUGGAGCCGUUUCCUCUACUCUGCAUUUAA